GCACCAUGGAGAUCGAGCUGCCAGGUUUCGAGCAGGCGUACGUCCCUGUUGGCAUUUGGGUCAUGCUGAUCGGCACUGUGAGUCUCAUGCUGGGACUGCUUGUCUCCGUCCACCUGCCCGAUGUAUGCAGCACGUCGGACACCUGCUUCCUGGACGUGGUCAGCAUCCAUCAGACAGAUCCUACGUUGAUGGAGCGCGGCAUCUAUGGCCUGGGUGGCUUUCUGAAAGUCUCCAAGGAGCUGCGCGUCUUGUGGAGCCCGCCCUACCUCUCGCGUCUCUGGUGCGUCUUCGAGCUCGCCGCAUACAAGAUGGCAAAUCCCACAGGAAU